AUGGCUUGCAUUUGGUAUGGCGUACAGGCUUACAUUGGUGGCCACUGCGUAUACAUCAUGAUCAGAGCUAUAUGGAAGUCUUGGGACCGUGAAAAGACGCCAGGCCCCUUCGAUCCCAAGGCAACCAGCGUUCCCGAGUAUGCUUCUUUUUUUCUUUUCUGGCUCAGUUCUCUGCCCGCGAUCUGGUUCCCCGUCCACAAGAUCCGGCACCUAUUCACAGUCAAGGCAUUCUUCGUCCCCCCGGCCGCCAUUGGAUUCAUGGUAUGGUGUAUCGUACGUGCCGGUGGUGUUGGCGAGAUCUUCAAGUAG